AGUCUUUUCAUUUCCCUGGCGUGUUCUCCUGAAAUUUUCUUUAUAAAAAGCCUCCCCUUCUAUCUGUUUUGCUCUCACUCGCUACUCCAAAACAAGUACUUUGUUCUCGAAUGGCAUUCCGUCGAGAUUUUGCCAGUAAUUAUCAGUUUCUUGGCGCUGCAUUUAAUGGAGAUCUCAACCUACGGAAAAGACUGGCAAAUGAACUUGAUAUGGGAGAUGGUUUAGAGGAAACAGUAGCAAACAUCAAGGAUUUGAAUGGUCGAACUGCAUUGCAUUUUGCUGCAGUAGGAGGAAGGGCUCAUGUUUGCCGGUACCUUACGGCAGAAGCUAAACUAGAUGUUAAUGCGAGAGAUGGGAAAGGUGAAACUCCUUUGCACAAUUCUAUUACAGCAGAUCGUUAUCCAACCGCAGUUCAUCUUCUUGACAGUGGGGCAAACCCGAAUGCAGCAACCGACAGCGGACUCACUCCUCUCCAUUACGCUGCAAAGUCAGGGUUGAAGAAAUUACUAUUACUGCUGAUUUUGAAAGGUGCUGAAGUGGAUGCAAAAGCUAAUUCUGGCACACCAUUGAAGUGGGCUGCAAUUCAUGGUCAGAAAAAAGCUGUUAAAAUCUUGUUGGAUAAUCAUGCCAAUCCAAACAUGAUUUUUGAUUUCAUUCAUUCCCCCUUGGUGGCAUCCAUUUCGGCUUCGUCAUUUGACUGUGUAAAGCUAUUGCUUCAGGCUAGAGCUGAUCCAAACACUUGCUCUCUUGGGAUGACACCCUUAGAAGUGGCAGCUUCUAACGGGGAGACACAAGUGAUAAGAUGCUUGCUGAAUGCCGGAGCUGAUCCAAAUUUGACAAAUAGUAGGAAACUCAGAAAAUUGGAGCAUUUUUUUCUGUUAACAUCUAAGGGAGAAGAUGCAUUCGUGAGAAAGGAUUAUGUUAACGCCAUCCGUUGGUAUACGGAGGCUCUUGACACAGAAGCAGCGCUCUUAUCUAGUCAAACGUUUUUGGCAGAAGCAUUUAUUUUAACCAAUCGAAGUUUGUGCUGGGCUCACUUGAAUGAAGGUGAUCUUGCCUUGAGAGAUGCUAUCGCUAGCCAGAUGGUGCUGCCUUCCUUGCCAAAAGCACACUAUGCUGGAGGAGUUGCCUGGAAUUUAUCAAAAGAUUUCAAGCGUGCAGCAGAAUCUUUUCUUACUGGUAUGCGGCUCGAUCGAGGAAACAGGCAGCUAAAUGAUCUUUUCAGGGAUCAUAGAGAGAUUCUACAAGCGUAUGCUUCCUUUCUUCAUGCUGACGCUAACAAUCUGUGAUUCCUGCGGAAUCUUUUCUUUAUGUACUCCAAAUCAGAAGUUUACUUAAAUGGUUUUAAGAAGUUUAUUAAUAAUUGCCAUUUUCUUAAUAUAAUUUUAGUGUUUACAGGUUAUUUGCCUAGUAAAUUGCCUGGUUAUUUGC